AACGACAGUUGCGUCAGAACUACGCUGAAGAAUAUCAUCACCAUCAUAGUAUUUCGUUAGAAGGGGAAUUUGGCAGAUUCAUUAGAAGAAAAUGGCGGGUGGUGGAAAGGUUUCGUUCAAAGUCACACUCACCUCCGAUCCAAAGUUACCCUUCAAAGUGUUUAGCGUUCCAGAGGCGGCACCUUUUACUGCCGUUCUCAAAUUCGCCGCCGAAGAAUUCAAAGUCCCGCCCCAGACCAGCGCUAUCAUCACCAACGAUGGUGUUGGCAUAAAUCCCCAGCAGAGCGCAGGCAAUGUCUUCCUUAAGCAUGGUUCAGAACUGCGCCUGAUUCCGCGUGAUAGGGUCGGUGCCUUUUAGAUGUUACGGGUGUCUGACUUGAUAUUGACCUUUUUUGCAAAAUACAUGAACUGUUGUAGCUUCCUAAGUAGAGUAAUCAAUAAAUACCAUGGUUACUGAUUUCAUAUAUAAUAGUCUUCAACCGAUAAAGUUUUUUCUUUUUGAAAUAAUGAUAUAAAUAUUUUGGGGAAAAUUAUGUUAA